GAAAAAUUGUUUGAAAUGCAGCCCCGUCAGGCUUCCCAUUCAAAGGAUGUUCGGCAGACCGAAAAAAGGAAAUUGGCCGGGAAAGCUCGCCUACCGGGUAGGACUAAGAGGUCCAAACUUCAAAACGUACCGGACCAAACAGACCCGACGAAUAGCGGAGUCAGCAUCGAGGAAGUAGCUGCAUCUGUAUCUCAAAUGAUCCUCCCAGAAUUGACACAGACAAUCCAGACAUUAAUAUCCCAGAGGGAAGAUAAUGGCGUGGUUUCAAGAAACCAACAACCGAUUGAAAAAUCUCCACCAGCAAUCAACUUGGAAUCCCUGGCAGGCCCGAGUACGGACUCUGAGCAAAAAAUUGAAACAAUCAUCAACCCACAUCAGCCAGAUUCGUGUGAAGGUCAAGAAAGGAACAUUUGGAUAAUAGGUUCAUCUAUUAUCAAGUGGGCUUUCCAACGCGCUUGCCUUUCUGAAGAGAAAGCUCAUCUAGGACUUCAACGACAAAAUUAUCGCAUCCUUUGGCAGGGCAAGGGCGGUUUAACGUUGAAUAAGUUGUUCCCUCGAAUUCAGUUGCUGUUGAGGUACGAACCUUCUCCUGAUAUUUUAAUUAUUCACUGUGGGGGAAAUGAUAUUGGUAAUGUUCCUCUUCUUGACUUACGUACAAAAAUGAAAGAAAUAUUUCAAAGAAUUCAGACCAGGCUUCCAAACACCAUUCUUGGUUGGUCUCAUAUUCUUCCUAGAUCUUCGUGGCGUUAUAGCAAUAAUGUAAAAUCUCAAAAUUUUGCUGCCAAAAGAAUUAACAGCUUUAUGAGCAAAUUGUUUGUACAAAAUGAUGGUUUUUACAUCAGCUAUCCAGAAAUCGCAUGGGAUUCUUAUGGCUUAUUCAGAAAAGACGGAGUUCAUUUAACUGAACUUGGAAAUGACAUACUACUCUACAAUUUACAAAGUACAUUGCAACAAAUCUGCUCUUUUAAUGGCGAACGUGGAACACGGCCAGUGUACUAAGCGUCGCUAAUCCUCCAAUGUUAUUGGCGGUGGUUGUUCUCGCAUAACUCGAACAACCAUGUGGCGAUUUUUCGCGACGCUUUUGGUUUUAUAGAUUUGAUAGCAAAAUGAUACUGAGUAUCUGUUCCCAGUACCAGUAUUGUUUUGUCUAUCUUUCAAAAUCAUUUAGCCAAUAAUGUAAUGUAUAAUGUCAUAAUGUAUAAUGAGCAUGAUGCUUUAAUGUAUAAUGUUGACUAAUUGUCUUAAUGUUGCAUAAUGAGUGAUGGAUGAUAUAAUGGUCAUCAAUGGUUGACAUUCAUAAUGUAAUGUAUAAUGUAACACAUAAUGUAAUGUAUAAUGUAAUGCAUACUGUAAUCUAUAAUGUAAUGCAUAAUGUAAUGUUUUAAUGAUAGGGCUAGCCAUUUUACAUACGGCAGUCCUAAGGCCGUGGCCACGUUCGCCAACAAAAUAAAACAUAGAUUAACAUUUUACAUUUGCCUUCAUUGUCUAUAAUAAUAAAAUUUAUUUUCUUUUGAAAAAUAAAUCAGAUUAUUAUAGCAAUGAACAAACCUAACUGUACUAUAAAUAAAUCUGGGAAAUUUCAUUCCCCGUAUACAUUGUGACGUCAUACUUUUUUCUCAUUGCGUCACAUUCUACAACGGUUGUAAACAGAUCAGCUGGGUAGACUGAGUGAAGAAAAAUCCCACCUACCCACGCCACGUUCUAAUAAUAGUCAAUAUUAAAACUACUACGUUUGUACAUUUUUAAUAACGCUUUCUGCCGUAGUUUUAUUUAUAUUUUCAGAUUCCUACCAGAAUACUCCAAUAGAUGAUUGUCUGUUAUUAUAUUAGACACUGUGUGUUGAACUUUGCAAAGACGGGAGGACACCUCAGUCCUGAGAUCCUGUCAUCGUCACGGCCUUGGAAGAAAUACUGGUGUUACUUGGACAUUGUAAUUUCAAUUCUUUGCGAAUUUUCGCGACACUUUUGGUUUUAUAGAUUUGAUAGCAAAUAAUACUGAGUAUCUGUUCCCAGUACCAGUAUUGUUUUGUCUAUCGGCGAUUUUUCGCGACGCUUUUGGUUUUAUAGAUUUGAUAGCAAAAUGAUACUGAGUAUCUGUUCCCAGUACCAGUAUUGUUUUGUCUAUCUUUCAAAAUCAUUUAGCCAAUAAUGUAAUGUAUAAUGUCAUAAUGUAUAAUGAGCAUGAUGCUUUAAUGUAUAAUGUUGACUAAUUGUCUUAAUGUUGCAUAAUGAGUGAUGGAUGAUAUAAUGGUCAUCAAUGGUUGACAUUCAUAAUGUAAUGUAUAAUGUAACACAUAAUGUAAUGUAUAAUGUAAUGCAUACUGUAAUCUAUAAUGUAAUGCAUAAUGUAAUGUUUUAAUGAUAGGGCUAGCCAUUUUACAUACGGCAGUCCUAAGGCCGUGGCCACGUUCGCCAACAAAAUAAAACAUAGAUUAACAUUUUACA